AUGGAUGUGAGCUACUCGUCGACGGACGAUGGAGCGAGCACAUCCUUGGACCAUGCUGAUCAUAGUGUCCCUAUGGCACGCACGCCGCCUAGGCCUCAUGCACAGCCAUCGCUGGGCUCGCCCGGUGUGUUGAUGACACCAGUGCGAGAGGCGGGUCACACCGCGGCCCAGGCCAGCUCACCGGGCUCGCUUCCACAGACCCCUGGCUCGGCACGGUGGACGUCCCCGCACCCUGCAAGGACCGAGUCGAGUGAAACGCGGCUCAGUGGCGGGCUGUACGACCGAAGUGGGCAGGUCGGGCUGGGCGAGUUGGCGACACCGCGCUGGAUGGUGUCGUCCCAGGAUGCGCAGCGUACGCCGCCCACGCAUCCCAUUCCUCGCCGUGUCCUCCCCCAAGAGCCACCGCGCACAACGGCGACGGUAUCAUCCUCGAACGCCUCGCCCCUAUCGACGUCGCAUCCGGAUUCGACAGCCGCUCGUCAUGCACGAGCAAUUUCGUAUUCGAUGAGCGCGACGUACCACCCAGGUGACUUGUCCGGCAGUGGAAUGCGCUCUUUUGCCUCGAUGCAGUUCCCUCAUACCCAAGCUACGCCGCCAAGCGUGUCCACACACUGGCCUGCAUCGGCGUCUGCAUCGGCGUCAGCUACGGCGUCUGCUACGGCGUCAGCUACGGCGAUGGCGGCGCAUGGAACGCCUAGCAACGAUGUAGUCAAAGAGUUGGAGGCGUCGAUACGACGCUCUGCACGGCGCUGGCCCGCCUCCAUGAUGCCGCCGUCCCCUGACGUCUCUACACUGGCAUCACCGCCGUCCGCACAACGACCUCAGUCGACCAUUACCACCACCCCACAACGACCGAGCCUCCCUGUGCCUGAAGCACAAGGACCCUUGGUGGCUACGCCUACACCCUCCUCGGCCGCUGCUGUGCCGAGGCAUGAGACUUCGGUUGAGCUCGCUUCGGAAAUACAGGAAUGGCACUUAUCGCCUUCCGGGGCUGUGAGUGUGCCUGCGUCGACGAUUUUGCCCUCACGUGAAACGAAUCGAGCGACACAUACUGUGCCACCGCCAUCGCACGAAGCGACGGAUGCACACAAGAUGCCCCUAGCCUCGCCUUUGGCGAUGGGCGAGCCGCCGCAUACGGAGCCUCCUACGCCUGGCUUCACGCUCUCGUCGCCCAGUCCUGCGCCCGGGUUGGCGCCGAGUGCAGCGAUCGGUGCGACAGAGGCCUCGGCGUCGUUGGACGACGUCUCUCUCCUUUCGGCGUCGGCGCCAGACACGGCAUCUUCGCCACGCACGCCCAAAUCGCCACGGUGGCGUCGGCGCUCGCCGGUAUCCCACGAUGAAGGCGACGAGUCAUCGUCCUCGUUAGCUGGCCGGUUAUCGCGGCGUUCGUUGGCAGCGCUCAAUCAGCUCUUUAAAGGGAGCCCACGUCGCGCGUCCAAAGACGAAACCACAGCACCAACAACGACAGCGGCAACGACAGAGGCACACGAUAAUGCACCGAGUUCGGGCGGUAGCGGCGCUGCGACGGCCACGGCCACGGCGGCGCCUCCCACCUCCACGUCUGUGCCCAGUGAGGAGCCGGUGCCGCCGUCCAAGUCGCGUCUUGGAUUUAUGCGCCGUCGUCGACCCAGUGCCGCGGUAGCGACACGCGGUGCAAAAGUCUUGGGCAAUGAAGCACAAGUGCCGCAAAUGCCGCACGUUCCUCCAUCGACGUACGUGGCGCCGCAGCUGCCAGAGCCCUCGCUCCCGCGGUCCGCGUCGAGUGGCUCGAUGACGCCGCGGUCGACGACGUCGCGAGAGGCGCCGAGUCUGCCACGCACAGAGCCUUCGCCGUACUACACUGCGCCAUCGCAAGGCAGUCGUAUCCCACGUGCUUCGUCCAUGGUCCGCCUACUGCAGCGGCGUACGGCGGAGAAAGACGAGGUCCCGAAAGCCGAGCCACGUCUUCUUACAAGCACGUCGAUGCAUAGCUUAGCACGCCGGACCGAGUCGCCUGUCAAGCGGUCGACCAGCCAAGUGCGGCGCAAAGCACGUCCGGAUGAGGCCCCGUCCGGCCGUGGUACGGCCUCGCCGACCAAGGCGCGUGCGUGGCGCAAAUCAAGUACAGAGGCCUCAGAAGCCUUGCAACGCGAGCGGCAAGUGAAGCGUGUGGAAGCCACUGAUACAAGCACCGUCGCGCGGGGCCCUAGUGCCUCGACGCGGCAAGCCCGGCCUCGGCCUAGUACAAGCGGAGCGCGUGCGACGCCGACGAGUGGCUUGGUGCCCAGCAGCGUCACGACAGGUCUUCGUCGUGUGGAUAUGACGCGGCGGGAUAGUGCGAGCAAGGAGCGACGUGAGAGUGCGAUGCCACCGCGACGUGAUAGUCUUUUGCGCGAUGUCGUACGUCGCGAGAGUCUACGCCGCGAUCCGAGCAAGGGGCAAGGAGAAAUGGAUAGCGCUAGCACGGACGAUGUCAAGGGGACAUCGCCGUAUGCGGAGCAGUCGCAGACCGAUGAGCUUGCAGGUACGCCGCCUACGUCGUCGUCCAUCCCGGCUCUCUCGCCCUCGUCGACCGUCUCUGCGACGCCCAGCGUAUCAACGUCGACGGUGACGACACCUACGGCGAGUGCGCCGCUCAUGCCCAGCACGCAGCCCAGCUUGGUGGCCGCAGCUCCACGGACGACGACGGCGACGACAGCGCCCACAACGACAGCGCCCGCAACGGCCAGCUCCGUGGUCCCGCGAGCGUCGAUGCCAGCGCCCAUGUCUGUGCCGCCCGGUGGCUCAGCGUGGCCGCCGCCGGCGGCGGCCACGACGGCGCCGCAAGCGCGGGCGAUGGUCGACUCGCAAAUCCCUAUGCCUGUGGACGCGCGACGACCGCCUAGCGCUACGCCGUCCCGACGUACUGCGACCAGGACGCCGACGUUGAUCGACGAUACGCAGGCGGCCGACGACGAAAUGGAGCGGCAUAUCCAGCGUGUGUACCGCCGACAAAUGGCCCAAGGCGCGCGGCAGGAGGACAUUGAUAAGCAAAUGGCGUUCCCGCAGCCAGGCGCAGCAAGCAAACGGCUCUCGCCGCGGCAAGCGGAAGUAAUUUACGGCAACCAUUUGUGCCCAUACGAAGUGAAAGAGAUGUUUGAGUACGACUCCAUCUACUAUGUCGGCUCCUUUGCGCGGCACAAACACUAUGCCGUCCCAGAGAAGCCCGAUCGCAACUUUGGUUACGAUGACGAGCGUGGUGACUACGUGGUGAAUGUGCGUGAUCACUUGGCGUACCGCUACGAAAUCAUUAAGCUGCUAGGUCGCGGCAGCUUUGGGCAGGUCCUGCAGUGCCGUGACCACAAGACGGGGCAGUACGUCGCCAUCAAGCUGAUCCGCAACAAGCGCCGCUUCCAUCACCAGGCCGUGGUCGAAGUGAAGAUCAUGGAGCAUCUCACGCGCAGUGAUACCGAGCAGCAGCAGAGUGUGGUGCACAUGACGGACUCGUUCACGUUCCGGCAGCAUUUGUGUGUCACGAUGGAGCUGCUGAGCAUCAAUUUGUACGAGCUCAUUAAGGCCAACAACUUUGACGGGUUCAGUACACUGCUUAUUCGGCGGUUUACGCAGCAAGUGCUGGCAUGUCUUACGCUCAUGCGGCAGGCACGCAUCGUGCACUGCGACUUGAAGCCGGAAAACAUUCUGCUGGUGCAUCCACGGAAAAGCGAGAUUCGGGUGAUUGAUUUUGGCUCGAGCUGUUUCGAGAAUGAAAAAGUGUACACGUAUAUCCAGAGCCGCUUUUACCGCUCGCCAGAAGUGAUUCUCGGCAUGGACUACAACAUGGCCAUUGAUAUGUGGAGUCUGGGCUGCAUUCUCGCCGAACUGCAUACGGGGUACCCCAUCUUCCCCGGCGAGAACGAGCAGGAUCAGCUGGCCUGUAUCAUGGAAGUGCUGGGCCUGCCAGAUCGUCAUCUGCUAGAGAAGAGCACACGACGCAAAUUGUUCUUUGACAGCACGGGCGCGCCGCGGCCUGUCGUCACAUCGCGUGGCCACAAACGGCGCCCGAACUCCAAGACGCUGGCGUCGGCUGUGAAAUCGCAUGACGAGCUGUUCUUGGAUUUCAUCGCACGUUGCCUGACAUGGGAUCCGGAACGGCGCAUGAAGGCCGAUGCAGCGUUGCGGCAUCCAUGGUUUUGGCAGCAGCAGCAGCAGCCACCGCCCCCGCCGCCAGCACCGUCAAUGACGACGCCCAGUCGUCGGACGAGUGGCGAAGGCGGUGGGGGCACGAGCGUGCGUGUGCCUGGCACAGCACGUCGGUCGAUGCGCGCAGACGGCUCGCUCUUACCGCGCGCCACGCCUGGUGGCAGCCAUACGAGCACGCGACGGGCAAUGUAA